GCUGAUGGUUCCCUCUGUCUACCGGCUCCUGUCAGGAUGGGGGCAGUGAGGAAAGAGCGGUUGCGCUUGUUGUGGGCAACAGCAUUUACUACCUUUAUACUUGCCAUAGAGGCAUUGUUUGUGGAAGACUUAGAUGAAUCGUUUAAAGAGAAACGUAAAGAUGACAUUUGGCUUGUUGAUUUCUAUGCACCUUGGUGCGGCCAUUGCAAGAAAUUGGAGCCAGUGUGGAAUGAAGUUGGUAAAGAGAUGGGAAGUAUUGGGUCUCCAGUAAAGGUUGGCAAGAUGGAUGCAACUUCUUAUUCUAGCAUUGCCUCUGAAUUUGGAGUUCGAGGCUAUCCAACAAUUAAACUCUUGAAGGGUGACUUGGCAUACAAUUACAGAGGACCAAGAACCAAAGAUGAUAUUAUUGAGUUUGCAAAUAGAGUUGCAGGGCCUAUUAUUCGAAAUCUCCCUAGCCAACAUAUGUUUGAGCAUGUUCAAAAAAGACAUCGCAUAUUUUUUCUGUACAUUGGUGGGGAAUCUCCAUUAAAGGAAAGAUACAUAGAAGUUGCUUCCGAACUAAUUGUUUAUACAUACUUUUUUUCUGCCUCAGAAGAGAUACUACCUGAGCAUAUGACACUCCCUGAGAUACCAGCUGUUCUAGUCUUAAAAGAUGGAACUUACUUUGUGUAUGAUGAGUAUGUAGAUGGUGAUUUGUCAGCCUGGAUAAAUAGGGAAAGAUUUCAAGGGUACCUUAAUAUAGAUGGAUUUACACUCUAUGAGCUUGGAGACACAGGAAAACUUGUGGCUAUUGCAGUUAUUGAUGAUAAAAAUGCUUCUGCAGAUCAUGCAAGAUUGAAAUCUAUUGUUCAAGAUGUGGCUAAAAAUUACAGAGACCAGUUUCAUAGAAACUUCCAGUUUGGCUACAUGGAUGGAAAUGAAUAUAUUAAUAGUUUAUUAAUGGAUGAUUUGGUAAUCCCCACUAUUGCUGUCCUGAAUACAUCCAAUCAACAAUAUUUCCUACCUCAUAAACAAAUAGAGAGCACUGAAGAUCUGGUCCAGUUCAUUAACGAUAUUGUGGAAGGCACAGCUGAAGCAUAUGGUGGAGAUGGAAUUCUUCAACGAAUCAAGAGAAUAAUUUACGAUGCCAAGUCUACAGUGGGAUCCGUUUUCAAGAGUUCGCCACUUCUUGGUUGCUUCCUGUUUGGUCUGCCACUGGGUGUCAUCAGCAUCAUGUGUUACGGGAUUUGCACUGCUGACUCGGGUGGAUCAGAUGAAAGUGAGGCCUCUAAGAAGGACACCCCAAGCAGGGAUGUCACUGAUGAAGGCACCGAAGAGGAACCAGAGGAGGAAAGCAGUGAAAGUCCUGUAGAAUUUCCAGAGAGAGAGCAAGAACAGAAAACUAUAUUGGAAAAAAAGACAGACUAAACUGUGAAUGGUUUUUGGUUUUUUUUUUCCUGUAGAAUUUCCAAAUAGAGACUUAUUUAUUGAAUUCAAUUACACCUGUGAUCUUCAGAGAUAAGAACUUUUUCAUUCAUUUGUGUUUAUGUGCAUGCAUUCAAAGUUGCUUGGCUGUGAAGAAGAAUGGGGUUGGAGUUGGGGUUUUGAGGUCUCUUAUUGUCUCUGUUCUGCUUAAAAAGAAAAUUUGAGAGAGUAGAUGGGUUAUUUUAAUGAAUGUACUCUGAGAAGUUGGGUUAUAAAUACCCCUCUUUAUUUCUUUUUUGGAUACUGAU